AAACCACUGCUUGCCUAUAUCUCUCCUAAAUCUAUACUUUUCUAAUUCAAAUCCAUUACUGCGUGUCCUAUCCUGCUGGCUAAUUCUCAAUACUUUACUUAUAUCGCCUUUAUUGUAACCCUUGACCCAUUUGAAUACUUCUAUCAGAUCUCCCCGCACUCUUCGGCCCUCUAGUGAAUCUAGUGUAAACGCGGCAUUGAGGAACAAACACAGAUAAUGCCAACAAACCCCCUAAGACACUCCAGAAGAUGAAGAAGAAUGAACUCAAGGUGCCUGUUGCUGUCCAGGAGGUAAAGGUCCUGACUACUGUUGUCCCAGGAGAGGAGUGGGAUGGUGAAAUGGAGACAACGGUGGAGGAAGACUGUGAUGCUGCCCCCGACCCUCAGACCCCAAGAUUGCAAAAGAAUAAGCUGGGUUUGUUGUGGCCCCGCACAACACAGCUGGAGACGCCUGCAGCCAAGCAUCAAUGGUUUGUGGCCCUGCUCACACAGCACCCAGAGACCAACCUACUGUUCAAGGAAGGUAGGAACGUCCCGUACAUCACAUUGGACAAUGGGCCCGUCUGUGAUCGGUUGGUCACAGAGGGCUUUCAAGGGGAGGUCAUGGUGCCUAUUAAGGAGUUUCCAAAGACUGUGAUUAUUCAUGGUGUGCCCACAUAUGUUUCUGUUACCUCUUUGGAUACUCCUCAAGGCUUCCUGUCAUUGAGGAGGAGAUAUGUGGCUAAGACACCACGCCCACAACUACUCGGCACAGUGCAGGGCAGUAUACCUGAGAAUGUUUGGAUCUCUGGUGUGGGCCGGAAGAGGGUCACUCUUUACAUAUGGCCUGAUCUCUGUCAGCGCUGCAGUAAAUGGGGCCAUAAAGAGUGGCGGUGCUGGUCUUCGCCUCGGUGUCGGUACUGUGCUGGCAGACACCACUCGAAUGAAUGUAUGAAAAAAAUCCAGAAAGGUGUCAAGUUUACUCCAAGGUGCUGUAACUGUGGUGGCCCUCAUAAUGCCUCCUCCAAUGCUUGCCCUGAAAAACGUACACCCUUCUCCGGCACCCAUAGAGUUCAGCAGGAAUCUUUCAUCCGUCAGCAUGUCACUCCUGUUUACCGCCAUACGCUGCCCCUUGCCCAUAAUGCCUGGGAUAAUACCACACCUAGAUCUGGGCCUCACCCCCCCCCCAAGGGUCCUGGCCAUGCUUCUUCACCUGUCACUGCAGGCACUGCUGGGAGUCAUGCAGCUUCUGCCCCUGGUGCUGACCCUUCUUAUAGUAUCCUGCUUGAUAUUCAAAAGGAAGUGGCCACUAUCACCACUCGCGUAGGUCAAUGUACCGAGCUACUCACUACCAUAGAAGCUCGCCUUGCAACCCGUGCACAGUGUCCCUCUCCUGGCAUGGCUCCUGUAGAUAAGGACGACGACCCACAUCUACCAUCCCUCUCAUCAGACAAUGGUCCCCAGCAUCAGGAAGCAGCAGGUUCUCUCAUUACUGGUUCUGCAGUGAGGGCUACUGGGACUUCACCCAAUUCCAACUGCAGUGCCCAGCCUAUGGGUGCCUCUGGUCCAUCUGCAGACCCCUCUCGGCUGGAUAGGCUGGAGGCUAUGGUGAGGGAACUUGUUGAUGCAAUUAAUGACCUUACUAGAUCUGUAAAUGGUAUGCUGUGUGCUCAGCAGCGGGUACGAGGAGGCUAAGAGUAGACUUAGAUCUUGUGUUGGUGAAUCUGUCAACUCUCAGCUUACCUUUAGCUGUCCUGACGGCAGUGCCACCAGCAUUUACUAUGCCCAGGUAUUGAAUAUUUGUUCUUACACUUAUGGUAGACACAGUGCAUCCUGUGAUCUUGUAGUGAUGCAUCUGAGGCUGGGCUAUAGGUAUUCUGGAAGGUCAGUGGGGCUGCCCCUGUGCCUUGUACUUUGUGUGCAAGGCUAGGGGGUCACACGCUUCAUCAUUAUGUAUUGCAAUGUCCCUCUAUGAGGGAUUACCAACCACAGGGCCAAUGGAGCCAACCUGAGCUGGUUCAUUAACAACAAUGUUCUUUCAUGUAUUUUAAGAAUACCCUGCAUUUACCCCUAAACUAAUUCUUUUGGGUGCAGUCCCUUGUGUCUGCUUCCGUUAUCUCAUCACAGUUACGAUCUUUAUUUUGUCACCUGUCAUUGCACCUGUUUAGUCCCACAGUGCUACCUACAGACAUGUCAACCAUUUACUAAUCUAGGAAAUUACUUAUUAUUGACGUUGGUUUCACACACUUUUCCUAUAUUUUCUUGUUUUCUUUUAUCAUCUUCCGGAUGCUGUCAAUUCCUCCUCUGCUUAGUGAUAUGGAUAUUGUACACAUGUUUUAUUAUUGUGUUACUGCAAAUCACAUUAUGUAUUGCCUGGGGGUCGGGAUGGCAUGUUCCUCCCUUCUCCUUUGUUGUGUACGUAUUCAACAAUAAACCAUCAAUGUCUCA